UCGCAUUUCAAAUUCAGACUAAAAUUGACAUCAGUAGCAACACUGGUGUUUUUGUUAAGAAUUAAUAAAUGAGUGAUAAUCUAUGGUCUUUUUCCGGUACGCAAGACAGUCAAAUAGUCAACAACCAUGGCUGAUGUUGAAGUCGAGGUCCCCACCAACCCCAUCUUGUCGGGUAACAACAUGGACGUGAAUGUAGCACUGCAAGAGGUGCUAAAGACAGCUUUAAUCCAUGGUGGUCUUGUGCACGGUCUUCACGAAGCCGCUAAAGCUCUUGACAAGAGGCAAGCAGUACUAUGUGUUUUGGCUGAGAACUGUGAUGAAGCCGCAUACAAGAAACUUGUUCAGGCUCUGUGCAACGAACAUCAGAUUCCACUGGUCAAGGUUGACAACAACAAAAAGCUUGGAGAAUGGGCUGGUCUCUGCAAGAUUGACAAGGAUGGCAAGGCAAGGAAAAUUGUCGGCUGCUCCUGUGUUGUCAUCAAAGAUUUCGGCGAGGAAACUCCAGCGUUGGAUGUGCUCAAGGACUACCUCAAGUCGUCGAGCUAAUCCUUAGGUGUAAUGCUAAUCCAUAUAAGUUAAAUUAAAAAUCCCAAAAAAAUACAAGUUAUUUUAUUGAAUUCCCCUUCAACAUGAAUUAAUGUUUAGUGAUAAAUUAUUAUUAAUUUAAAUAACAUUAAAGACACAGCUUCGCAUAUUGGUCGCAAAGUUCUUUGUGUUUCGGCCACUGUUGCACUUGACAUUCUCUGAAAAUACAAACUAGAUUUUGUAAA